GGACAGAACACGGAGAUAAUGCAACACCCAGAAUCCGUGUCGGUGAGAGCUGGAGAGACCCUCACUCUAACCUGUACCCUCGUUCUAACUGGGGCGAAUCUGCCAGGAGGAGUGCGGUGGUACAAAGACCUGGACAGAAGCCAACCCGUUUACAGUGAUCGAGAAGGAUCUUCCUCCCGGGGGGAGAGGGUCGUCCCAGCAUCAAUGACAGACUUCAGCAUCAACAUCCGAAACAUCCUCCCUGAAGAUGCCGGGACCUAUUACUGCGUGAAGCUCAGGGCAGGGAAACCAGAGAAAGAACUGGCUAAGGGAAAAGGCACUGUGGUCUCUGUGACCGCCAGUCCAUCCCAGCCUUCGCUUCGUGGCCCCCCGGGAAGAAUCACGGCAGGGUCUCGGGCCUCUUUCAACUGCUCUGCAGAGGGAUUCUCCCCCCGAGAGAUCACAGUCCUCUGGUUAAAGGAUGGGAGAGAAGUAGGGGAUGCCCAGACCAAGAUUCUGGAUUCUGGUGGAAGGCAGAGCAUCUCCUACCGAGUGGAGAGCACCGUGGAGGUGCUGCUCGGGCGCGGAGACGUGAAGUCACAGCUGACCUGCCGGAUCAAGCACAGCUCCUUGGAGGCGCCUCUCCAGCAGGACUUUCCGCUUGGUGCCAUCCUGAGAGUUCCCCCCAAAGUGAGCCUUGUCAUCAGCCCACCUUCCCCCAUCCAGCUGAACGCCACCGUGAAUGUCAUUUGCAGUGCAGAAAAAUUUUAUCCAGAAGACGCCAAAGUGGACCUGUUUACCAAGAAUCCCAGCGGAAAAGGAAAGACUGACUCUGCAACCUUGAAUUCAGAUGGGACGUCCUCCCUCAAGAGUUACAUGAUGGUGGUGGCCACCAAAGAUAGGAACUCAUCACUGUUCACGUGCCUGGUCAAACAUAAUUCGCGACCAGCAAUCAAGGCAACAGCAACAAUGUUCAUUAGGACACAACUUGGAAAAAGUAAGUGUGGGCCUUCAGAAUCCUCCUUCCUCCCCAUCUUGAUCCUUCCUAAUUGUUGUUGACUUCUGUGCACAGCAAGUAAUGGACAUAA